AUGGCAGACACUCCUGAAACUCUUCAAACCGAGGAAAAGAAAAAGGUUGACGAUGCUCCCAAAACUCCGAAAACCCCAGAAGCUGGUGAACGCUCAAAGAGUGACAGACACAAGUCACCAAGAAGCAGUGGCAGCAGAAGCAGUCGUCCCCAUGUGCCUCGUUCUGGAAGCCACAGAGAACGACGUGGUGGUGAUCGCAAAGACCGUGACCGUGAUCGAGAACACCGCAGUGGUGAUCGUGAUCGACAUCAUCAUCGUAGUGGCGGUCGAAGCCGGAGUGACGGUAAGCUUAAGGACGAUGACAAGAGCCAUCGCAGCGAUCGUCACCGCAGCGACAGGCAUCGCAGUGACCGUGACAAGGGUGACAAGGAUCACCGCAGCAGAAGUCGCACUGCUGGUGUUGAAGGCAAAGAAGCAGACGACAAGGACAAGCAGGCUCGUACCGAACGUCGGAUUAGCGACCGUGAGCGAGACGCCGAAGCCAAACGCCGCGGAAGACGAGAGGGUGCUUCACCCGCCGCACCAGGAGCUUCAUCCGUGGCAGAUUCCUCGGCCUCCAAGCGUCCCUCUGGUGGAGGAUCUUCUUUGCCAGCGGCUCCCCUGACAAAGGAAGAACGCAUGUCUCGUCGUACCCAGGACGAGCAAGAAGCCAAACGUCGUGCCAAGGAAGGACGAACAAGUUCCAGUGGCAGAAGCCGACCUGGUUCAGUGGCUGAUUCAGCGGCCUCAAGGGGAUCCAGAGAUCAAGAAGCAAAGCGUCGGGCCAAAGAAGAGCGUUCCGGAGGACGCAUUGCUCCUGGAGCUCAAAUGGCAGACAGCCGAGGCGAUGACGAUCUCAAGAGAAAACAAAAGAUACAAGGACGCCCUGGUGCAUCGACAUCCAGAGCUGCAGAUAACAAGAAGAACUUGCAAAAUGUCAAGCUGGAUUAUGAGAACAACGCUCCCGCUGAGCCUGCUGCCGAGCCGAAGGCAGAUAAUACACCGGAAGCAGCCAUUGGAGAGGAUGGUGAAGUGGCUGUCGAAGCCGUGGCAAUCGAUGAAGAAGCUGAAGAAAACGAGCGCAUGAGAACAUUGGAAGAACAAAACAGAGCAUUGGCAGACCGAAUGGAACAAAUGAUUGCACCCGUUGCAAACAACCACAACCAAGCGGAGGAACGAAGAGUCGCAGCACAGAAGGAGGCAGAAGAGCAUGAACGAAAACGGUUGGAGAAUUUGCGAAAGAAGAAGAAACAACGAAACGUUUGCAUUCUGAUCUUCCUCUUUAUUGCUGCUGCUGGAGGCGUCGCUGGAUAUUUCUUGUCACAAUCCGAAGAUGCUGCGGCUGUGGUACCUGCAAGCAUUCCCCGCGAACAAAACACGACGGCUCCAACGGCACCUUCCACCAUACAAACACCAGCGCCCACAAUGGUCGUGGCUACAGAGGGGCCAUCCAGCUCUCCAACUAUUGAUACCUACGAUCCACCGAGCAUCGAGGAUUGUGUCCGAAUCGGAAGUGGACUCCCCGUCCAAGGGCAAGAAGAUUUGGAUACUUCGCCUUUUCGAAUGGAAUUUGAUAUCACCAUUAAAGAUCCCAUCUUGUUGACCGAAACUUGGGUUCCUGCCUUCAAGAGAGGUGUGGAUCAAAUCUUGAUUCCAGCUUUGGCUGGUUGUCCUAUCAGCACCACCCGAAGAGGACUAGUAGCUCAGACUGCAGGAUUGCGAAAGAAGCAGUCCACUACUACUACAUUGGAACAAGAAACAGUAACAGAAACAUCGUUACGAGCACUGCAAACAGUUGAUUCCCAGAUUCGUUACGUGAUCGCCAAUGCGAACUCGCAAAUUAAUCCUGCCAGAGAUGUCUCGGCCGAUUGUGAAAUCAAAAGGAACGGAUGCAACAAUGUCAAAGUUGUCAUGGAACUCUUCUUGAAGGGUGAGGAAAGAGGAUUUGAUGUGAUUACAUUGAUUGCGCAAGUACUGCAAUCGCUGGAAGAGCUAGAUCGGAAUGCUGGCAACCGGCAAUUGACGUUGGAUAACGAGACUGAAGAACAACGACACCACCGCAAGUUGUUUGUCAAUAUUUUCAAGUUAAAUCCAGAGAUCUUUGGCGAUAUUGAAUUCAGGCAGACUGUAGGCUUGGACCCCACUACAUCGCCAAGUCUCAGCCCCACUCAAGUUCCCUCUAUAGCUCCUAGUGCGAAGCCCACCAUGGUGCCUUCCCUGGCUCCUACAGGUGUGCCUACCAAAAAGCCCUCACCUGGCCCAACUGUACCACCGACACCUGGCCCAACUGUACCACCGACACCUGGCCCAACGGAACAACCAACGCCGAAUCCCACACCUGGCCCAACGGAACAGGCAACACCAGAACCUACUCCCCGUCCAACGCCUGGACCUACACGCGAACCAACGCCAUUUCCUACUCCCCAACCAAAUCCUGAUCCUACUCCACAGCCAGUUUUUAUUCCGCAACCAACACCCUUUCCAACACCCUUUCUGACCAAUAGUUUCAGCUCUGACCCGUCACCCACCUAUGCAUAUUCCUACAAUCCAUGGGCCGAAAAUCCAUAUACUGUUAGUCCAGGCACUCCUUCACCCAGCAGUUGUCCAGCUGGUUUCACAGAGGAUACAUCAUUCAGUGACAGUGGUGGGGACCCUUGCUCUUGGUACAUAAACGCCGACGCUCCUGGGUGCCCAAACUUCGGAACUUCGUAUCCGGGGACUUGUGACGACAUUGGUGAAUGCUUUGCGAGGGACUCCUGUUGCGUAUGCCUUGGAACUCCUGGCUGUGUAGACGAUCCCACAUUCAAAGACAAUUCACAAGACGGUUGCAAUUGGUACAAUCAAUACGACCAAACAUGUCAGCACCCAACAACCUAUGGCGGCUCGUGUAAGAUUGGUACCAAACCUUGCAAUGCGGCUGAUGUUUGCUGCCAUUGCCAGUAG